GUUAUCGACGCGGGUUGCGGGCCGAGUGCUUGGGUCACUGAGCGCUCGCAGGCAUUAGUUGAACAGCCCUCUCAAUUUCCGGCGAAGUCUAAGUGGGAACCACAAUCUCAUCAUGACUCAGAAGAGGAGGAACAACGGACGCUCCAAGCACGGACGCGGCCACGUUAAGCCCGUCCGCUGCUCCAACUGCGCGCGAUGCGUCCCCAAGGACAAGGCCAUCAAGAGGUUCUUGAUUCGCAACAUGGUUGAGCAAGCUGCCAUUCGCGAUUUGUCUGAGGCCUCCGUCUUCGAAGAGUACGCUCUCCCCAAGCUGUACAUCAAGAUGCAUUACUGCGUCUCCUGCGCCAUCCACUCAAAGAUCGUCCGUGUUCGCUCCGUCGAAGGUCGUCGUGACCGUACCCCUCCCCAGCGUUUCCGUGGUUUCCAGAAGGACAAGAAGCCCGUUGCCCCCAAGGCUUAAGGGUAUAUCUUCUCUUGUCUUGUGCCUGGCGAUGAUGGAUAUGUCUGGAUUUUGUACAUGGGGUUGGAAUAUACAGUGAAA